CUGGGCCACCAGUCCCUGUGGGGCUCUGGGUCACUCACCCCAAAACAGCUACAGACCAAGUGAGAGCCCAGACCCCUGGGUGCUGGGGAGCGUGGGGUCUCCCCACGCCCGGCCAUGCUGCCCCCGCGGAGCACGACGGCCUGGGUGCGGAGCGGCUGCCCGGAUCUGGGGCCUGGCCCGGCGUGGGGGGGCCCCCUGCAGCGCCCCCCGCAGGCUGGCUGAGGCCCGGCAUGGAGGGGGCGGGGAGCCGGCUGCGGGGCAAACCCUUCUACUGCCGGGAGUGGGCGCUGCAGCGGCUGGUGCGGGGGCUGGCGCGGGCUGGGCCGGGGGGGCUGCUGCUCACGGGGGGGCCCGGCUGCGGGAAGACGGCGCUGUGCACCGAGCUGCUGUGGCCCACGUCGGAGCAGGGCCGGCAGGCGGGGCUGGGCGCCCGGGCACUGGGCUGGCACUUCUGCCAGGCCCACGACGCGGCCACCCUGUCCCCACACCACUUCCUCCGGGGCCUGGUGCGCCAGAUGGAGCAGUGCCCCCUUCUGCCCGGGUACGGCCCCCGUCUGCGCCAGCCCGGGGCCCGCGCCAGCCUGGAGCCUGCCCAGUGCGGACACCCUGACGAGGCCUUCAAGAGGGCCGUGCUGCUGCCGCUGCUGGACCUGCCGCCCCCGCCCCAGAGGCUGCUGCUGCUGGUGGACGCGGUGGACGCUGGCGGCGCCCUGGGGGCCAGCGAGUGGCAGCCGGGGGGGCCCAGCACCACCAUCGCCCAGCUGCUGGCCACCCACCACCACCUGCUGCCCCCCUGGCUGCUGCUCGUCUGCUCGUCCCGGCCCCAUGGCAAGGCGCUCGCCCGGAUGUUCGCCGGGUUCCGGCGGAUCUGCCUGGACGACCUGCGGCGGGCGCCGGUGGUACGGGACGUGCAGCGAUACAUCCUGUGCCGGCUGGAGCAGGAGGAGGGGCUGCGCCGGCGCCUGACCCAUGAGACGGCCGAGAUGCUCAAGCAGCUGCACAUCAAGAGCAAUGGCUGCGUUCUGUACCUGGAGCGGGUGCUGGAUGGGGUGGCUGAAGGGUCGGUGGCGCUGCGGGAAAUCCGCCACAUCCCCGGCACGCUCAAUGGCCUCUACCUGUGGCUGUGCCAGCGCCUCUUCACCGGCAAGCUCUUCGCCCGCGUGCGGCCGCUGCUCAACGUGCUGGUGGCCGCGCCCCGCCCGCUGUGCCCCCACCAGCUCCACAGCGCCCUCUGGGCGCGCCAGGCCGGCCCCGGCCCCAGCUGGGAGGAGUUCCAGCGCCAGCUCGAUAGCCUGGCCAUGUUGCUGCUGGACGGCCCAGGCAGCACCCGGAUCCUCUUCCACGCCAGCUUUGCCGAGUGGCUGCUGGACGUGAAGUACUGCACCCAGCGCUACCUGUGCAGCGCGGCCGAGGGCCACGGCCUGCUGGCCCUGAGCGCCGCCUGCCGCGGCCCCCAGCUCAGCCCCCGUGAGGUGCACGACCUGGCCCGCCACCUGCUGCGCGCCGACCUGCGCCUGCCGCCCUGCCAGCUGGCACUCUGGAUGGUGUGGCAGGACGUGCCCGUGGCCCACUGCCUGCUGGCCGACCUGACGACACUGCCGCUGGAGACGGACGUGCUGCAGCUGCUGGUGCUGGCGGGGGCGCGGCUGGGCGAGCGGGAGGUGGGCGCGGGGGCCCUGCUGCACCAGGCCCUGGAGCGGGAGGACUCUGUCCGCAUGCUGCUGGAGAACGGGGCCAGCGCCAACCAGCGGGAUGCCAAUGGGCGCACCCUGCUGGCCAGUGCUGCCCACAGCGGCAACCCCGAGGUGGCCAGCCUGCUGCUGGGCUGGGGCGCCGAGGUGGAGGCGCCCGACCGGCACGGGCAGACCCCGCUGACGCUGGCCGCACUCCAGGGCCAUGCUAAGGUCCUGCACUGCCUACUCGCCCACAGCGCCAACGUCAACCACGCUGACCGGAGGGGCUGGACGGCGCUGCGCUCGGCCGCCUGGGGCGGGCACACCGAGGCCGUGGGCACCCUGCUGCGGGCGGGCGCGGAUGUGGACUGGCGGGACGUGGAUGAUCGCACGGUGCUGCGGGCAGCCGCCUGGGGGGGGCACGAGGGAAUCGUGCGGACGCUGCUGGCACACGGCGCCCAGGUGAACCGGGCCGACACCGAGGGGCGCACGGCCCUGAUCGCUGCUGCCUACAUGGGGCACCGGGAGAUCACGGAACUGCUGCUGGCGCACGGCGCUGACAUCGACCACGCCGACGCUGACGGGCGCACGGCACUGUCUCUGGCGGCCCUGUGCGUGCCGGCCAGCCGCGGGCACGCCGACGUGGUGAGCCUGCUGCUGGAGCGCGGGGCGCAUGCGGGGCACCGUGACCGACACGGCAUGACCCCGCUGCUGGUGGCCGCCUGCGAGGGCCACACCGAGGUGGCCGAGCUGCUGCUGGAGGGCGGGGCCGACAUGGAGCAGGCGGACGCCGUGGGGCGCACCCCACUGCUGGUGGCUGCCGCCAUGGGGCACAGCACCAUGUUGCAGACCCUGCUGCUGUGGGGCGCGGCUGUAGACGUCAAGGAUGCCCAGGGCCGCACGGCUCUGAGCCUGGCGGCCGCCCAGGGCAACAAGCACAUGGUGCAGGCCCUGCUGGAGCGCGGGCUGGACAAGAACCACCCGGACGCCAUGGGCUGGAGCCCGCUGCACUUGGCUGCCUGCAAGGGGCACGCGGGGGCCUGUGGGGUACUGGCCGAGCAUGGCGCCCGCCUGGACCAGCAGGACCGGGACGGCCGCACCCCCCUCAUCCUGGCAGCCCAGGAGGGCCACGGCGAGUGCGUGCGGCUGCUGCUGGGAAGUGGCUCCCCCGUGGAUCACCAGGACCAUGAUGGGCGCAUGGCGCUGGGCGUGGCUGCACUGGGGGGGCACCGGGCCAUGGCCAAGCUGCUGCUGCGCCACAGAGCUGACCCCAAUCUGCCGGAUGCCGCGGGGCGGCCCCUGGUCUACCUGCUGGUGCUGGAGGGCUGUCAGGACCUGCUGGAGCUGCUCCUGGCGAGUGGCAGCGACCCAGAGGCGCGGGACGCACAGGGGCGCACGGCGCUGCAUGCCUCCUGCUGGCAGGGGCGGCUGGAGGCGGCGCGGGCGCUGGUGCACCACGGCGCUGACGUCAACGCGCUGGACACGGAGCAGCGCUCAGCCCUGCACUUGGCCGCCUGGCAGGGCCACGCCAGCACCGUGCGCUUCCUGCUGGAGCGCGGGGCGCACGUGGACCAGGCCUGCAGCCAGGGCGCCACAGCGCUGGGCAUCGCUGCCCAGGAGGGCCACAGCGAGGUGGCGUGGGCGCUGCUGGAGAUGGGUGCCGACCCUACCCACACCGACCGGUACGGGCGCACGCCCAGCCACGUGGCCGCCCGGCGGGGCGAGGCCACCAUCCUGCGCCUGCUGCAGAGCCACCGGGUGCCCACCGCCACCACCUGCUCCCCACCGGGCGCCUCCGGCCACUCCUCCGCCAGCCCCCCAGCCCCCACCGCCCCCAGCCAGGGGCCCAGUUCGAACUCGCCACAGUCCACAGCCGACGCCUCCCUGCACAGCUCCCGCGGCUCCACCUGCCACUCGCUGGCCACAGCGCAGACGGUGCCGGCCGACAGCCCGACCUUCACCCAGCAGCUGCAGCACUCGCUGCCCCGCAGCCGCCCAGCCCCCGCCCCCAAGAGCCCCCAGCCCAGCCUGGCACUGCCCGGAGCCCCAGAGCCGCAGGCAGGCAGCCCGGGGCGGGAGGUGCCGUCCCCCGGGUGGGACCCCAAGCCCAACGGCCUCCUGCCCUGGCAGGAUGGGGGGCCGACAGGGACCCUCUCCCUCCUCUCCCUCGCCACGCUGGACCCCCAGCUGCACCUCAAGCGAGCCGUCAAGCUGCAGUUCGAGGGCCCCACCUGCUGCAACGACCCCAGGAAGGAGACGCCACUGUGAAGGUGAAGGGAGCAGAGGCGGGGGGCAGCGCUAGGGGGAGGGGCUGGGGCUGGCCCUUCCCCACUGUCUUCCUGCUUGGCUGUGGGGCCAGGCAGCCAGGGGGCCGGAUGUGCUGCUGGCGGAUGGAGCACGGUUAGCAUCCAGGGAGGGUGGGCCGGGGUUACUCCAGGGGAUGCAGCGCCCCUGCUGGCUCCAGCCUGUUCCCCACAGCCCCACACUGCCCCCCGUCCCCGCCCCCCGGUUGCCUUUGCAGGUGGAGCCGCCCAAGGAGAACAGCCCCAUGGGGCAAGAGACUAGGCCGCGCGGAGACGGGACCUGCCCUGGCUGCUGGCUGGGACAAGCUGCCAGGGACAUGGGGGCUGUGCCCAGGGCUGGGACGUCCUCGGCCUAGCUGCUGUGGGGAGUGACCCAGGUGGCCAGAGACUGUGACGAACUGGGCCUGUUCUCACUGUGGUCUGUGAAUGCUGACAGGGGAGUGUGGCUGGGAUAGUCUGCAUUGCAGGAUGGGAUCUGCCCGAGGGCGCAUACCUGAGUGUGUAACAUGAGAACCCAGGAAGGGGUUGAAGGCCAGGUGACUCCUUAGCCCGGGAAACUGAACAAAGGCUGUGGGAGGGGUCGCUGAAAGCAGAGUGCUGGAAGCAGGCUGGAGAGAUGGCUGGGAGGCAGAGAUGGCCCUGACCUCCCAAGGGGGGCUGGGCUGGGAUGCCCUGGGACCCCAAGAUGGACCUAACUGAGGGGGUCCCUGUUGUCUGUGCCUGCAAGACCUGUCUUGGACUGUAUUCCUGUCAUCCAAAUAAACCUUCUGCUUUA